UCUGGAUUCCCAGCCCAGCCCUCCGGGGGGAAGGAAAAGGGGCGGUCACAGGUGCCAUGGUCUUUGGUCGGGAGAGGAGCGGGAGACAGCUCAGUCGCCCAGCCAGCACCAUGAGCUCUGGUGGCAGCCUCCUCCUCCUCCUCCUCCUUCUCUUCUGGAGCGACGUUGCCCUCUCCAACCCUGUGACCAUGUACACCGACUACUUUGAGGGCAACUGCGGCCUCGUCCCCUACUAUGAGAAGCUAUGCGGACAGCCUGAAUAUCGUUUUUUCUACAAUGUCGUCUCCAAGAAAUGCGAAAGUUAUGUUGACUAUGGGUGUCCCUUCAGGCGCAACCGCUUCAACACCAUGGAGCAAUGCGAGCAGUAUUGUGCACCAAAGAACUUCUGCCACCUGCCCCCCGGUGAAAGCAAUUGCCGUAGCUACCGAGAACGGUGGUUUUUCGACCGCAGGACCAAAAGCUGCAAGAGUUUAAGUUUCAAGGGCUGCACAGGGAACCAAAACAACUUUGAAAGAAAAUGGAUGUGUGAGCGGCAAUGCCUCUAAAGAGGCUCUCCCUAAGGGCUCCGUGGAGGGAAGCUCGGCCUGCUUCUUCGUGCUGAAGAAAGAGGGAUGCAUCAGGACGAGGCCAGGCGCAGGGAGCCUCCAGGCACCUUUGGAAGGAAGGGAAUUCUGGAAUAAAUUAUU